AUGACGACCCUUACAAACGCUUUCUCGCAUUCGUCUCAUGACACGGCCAUCAUCGUGCCUGGAAAGCAGCCCUUGACUGUGUCGUACGAGCAACUCACAGCCGACAUUCUCUCCUUCCAAUUGAAGCUCGCCAAAUUGGGCAUCACUCCUGGCUCGGCCGUCUCCAUCGCUCUCCCAAACACAUACCCAUUCAUCGUCGCUUUCCUGGCAACCGCCUGGCAACGUGCCAUUGCCGCCCCUCUCAACCCUGCAUACAAGCAGUCUGAGUUCGAGUUCUACAUUGAUGACUUGAAGUCUGCUCUUGUAUUGGUGCCCCAAGGUCUGGCUGAUGGUCCCGCCGUCAAGGCUGCCACCAAGUACAAUGCUGCCGUCGCCGAGUGCUAUUGGAACGGAAAAGAGGUUGUUCUGGAUGUCAAGAAUGAGGGAAAGCUGAAGGGCAAGGGAAACAAGUCCAUCGAGUAUGCUCAACCCGACGAUGUUGCCCUUGUUCUGCACACUAGUGGUACCACUGGCCGUCCCAAGGCCGUCCCACUUUCGCACAAGAACCUCACACGCACAAUGUCCAACAUCAAGGCAACUUACGAGUUGACCAAGGCCGAUCGCACCAUGCUUGUCAUGCCACUUUUCCACGUCCACGGUCUCCUUGCCGGGUUCCUGGCUCCUUUACUGUCUGGCGGUUCCGUCGUUGUUCCAGCCAAGUUCUCGGCUUCAGACUUUUGGCGCGACUUCCAGACACAUGAGGCGAACUGGUACACUGCUGUGCCUACCAUCCACCAGAUCUUGCUCAAGAGCCCCACUCCCUCUCCUCUACCAAAUAUUCGCUUCAUUCGUUCCUGCUCUUCACCUCUGUCUCCCAAGGUCUUCCAUGAGCUCGAAAAGACUUUCAAAGCUCCAGUCCUCGAAGCCUACGCCAUGACCGAAGCUGCUCACCAAAUGACUUCCAACCCGCUACCUCACAAGGGAAAGCGUCAACCCGGCUCAGUCGGUGUUGGCCAAGGUGUCGAAGUCAAGAUUCUGGAUCAGUCAGGCAAGGAGGUUCCCCAAGGCUCCGAAGCCGAGAUUUGCAUUCGUGGCGAGAACGUUACUACCGGCUACCUCAACAAUCCUGAGGCAAACAAGACCUCUUUCACGGCUGAGGGCUUCUUCCGCACUGGUGACCAGGGCAAGCAAGACGCCGACGGCUACGUGAUCAUCACAGGCAGAAUCAAGGAGCUCAUCAACAAGGGAGGUGAAAAGAUCAGUCCAAUCGAACUCGACAACGUCAUGGCACAACACCCCGCCGUCUCUGAAGCCGUCAGUUUCGCUAUCGCAGACGACAUGUACGGUCAAGACGUCGGUGUUGCCAUUGUCCUCAAGGACAACCAGAAACUCGAGCCUGCAGACCUCAAGUCAUGGAUGGCUGAACGCGUUGCCAAGUUCAAGUUGCCCAAGAAGAUCUUCUUUACCGAUGUCAUGCCCAAGACUGCCACGGGCAAGAUCCAGAGACGUAUGGUCGCUGAAGCUAUGCUCAAGCAAGAGUCUCCCAAGGCCAAAUUGUAG